AUGACAGUCAACGCUUCCCGCAAAUCCUCCGUCCGUGACGGACCCUUGAAACAGCUUGAACACCGGAAAAGAGAACGAAGGCCUUCUUCAAAAAGUUCGGCAGCACCAAAGGUACACCAACAGCGGCUAAAGGCUAUUAAAAAACGCAAAUUGUCCCGCCGAGCUGGCCACCCAUCGAGCAGUACGAUGACGCGUUUGGCCGUUACCGAUCUGGACAUUCCGCUGGAAGAUCGGCGAAUGGUGUUGUGUGAUGGGGAAAAUCUCGCCUACAACGACAUCACCGGCACAUACGAUCCCCACCGAAUCUAUGAAGCUGUCCGAUGGUUCCGGGAGAACGGCCACCGUGCACUGGUGGUCGUGCCCGACUACCUGCCAAGGAAACUGUCCGGACAGCUGCCCGACGUAGACACCGAAAUGGUUAGCGGGUGUUAUGAGAGUGACCAUAAUCAUGCACAAAAUCAUCAUUUAGAGGAAGCUCUUCUAAGGAAAGCAAACGACACCGAGGCGGCAGUCGUGUCGGAACGCAGGUUCGAAGCAACGUACCACGAUUAUCCCGACGUUGUCCUCAGUCGAGUGAUUGGCUAUACGUUUUUUAGAGACUCAAUAUUUAUCCCGGUAGAUCCGUACGGUCGGGCAGGACCAUGGUUAAGGUCCAUUCUUCAGAAAUAA